UGUCAAGGAAAACUGGCAGUUUAGUGUGUUGCUGUUUACAUCACAGAUCAACUGGUUGCACUGCCGUCAUAUCAGAAUUGUGUUCAAAACUUUAUCAGGCGACACCAAAGGGCAAAGUGCAUCAAAUAUCAGUGAUCAUCUGUGGGAGAUGCAGAUUAAUAAAUAAUCCAAUUUAAAGUGUUCUUAUCAGGGUCGGGUUUUACAAUCAAGACAGUGAGAUAGUAAUAAGUAGCCCUUUCUUUCCGAGUUGCUCAGUGCUCGUCGCUGCCGUCUCAGGAUGUUCAAGUUAGUGCUGCUGUUCCUGACAGUGUCAGGCCUCCGGGCGCUCCCAAUCGCAGCCCCUAGAGGUUUGCAGGAGACAUCUUCAACCUACCAGCUCCCUGACGGCUUCAGACAAGGUACCGAGCCCUCUGGCCUGGUGGAAGAAGACAUCAGUGAGAUGGACACGAGAGAGGCUUUCAUUCAGCCCACUCUUGGGAAUGGAUUUGGAGAGAUGGAGAGAAGACAAUGGCUGAAAGAAGAGAUCUCUGAUGAUGUUCCAGUCCAGAGGAGCGGUAGUGGUUGGGUGCGAGUGGAGGAACCCUCUGCUCCUCAACUCCCAGAUGGUUUCAGGCAGGGAACCGAACCCAUGAUGUCGAUCCCAGAUGGUUUCAGACAGGGGACCGAACCCAUGAUGUCGAUCCCAGAUGGUUUUAGACAGGGAACCGAACCCAUGAUGUCGAUCCCAGAUGGUUUUAGACAGGGGACUGAACCCUUCAUGUCGAUCCCAGAUGGUUUUAGACAGGGGACUGAACCCUUCAUGUCGAUCCCAGAUGGUUUCAGACAGGGAACUGAACCCAUGAUGUCGAUCCCAGAUGGUUUCAGGCAGGGAACUGAACCCAUGAUGUCGAUCCCAGAUGGUUUCAGGCAGGGAACUGAACCCAUGAUGUCGAUCCCAGAUGGUUUCAGACAGGGGACUGAACCCAUGAUGUCGAUCCCAGAUGGUUUCAGACAGGGAACUGAACCCAUGAUGUCGAUCCCAGAUGGUUUCAGGCAGGGGACCGAACCCAUGAUGUCGAUCCCAGAUGGUUUCAGGCAGGGAACUGAACCCAUGAUGUCGAUCCCAGAUGGUUUCAGGCAGGGAACUGAACCCAUGAUGUCGAUCCAAGAUGGUUUCAGGCAGGGGACUGAACCCAUGAUGUCGAUCCCAGAUGGUUUCAGACAGGGGACUGAACCCAUGAUGUCGAUCCCAGAUGGUUUCAGACAGGGAACUGAACCCUUCAUGUCGAUCCCAGAUGGUUUUAGACAGGGAACUGAACCCAUGAUGUCUGAUAGUCUAAUAGAGGAACCUUUGAUGUCUAUCCCAGCUGGUUUCAGACAGGGAACAGAACCUGUUCAUAAUAUCCCAGAGGGCUUUAAGCAGGGAACCGAACCCUUCAUGUCUAUCCCAGGUAGUUUCAGACAGGGCACUGAACCCUCCUCUGGGAUCCAAACACAGGCAGUGGCAUGUAAGGGAGAGGUCAUAAAUGGAAACUGCUAUGAGUUCAACCCCACACCGAUGGCCUUCGAGGACGCACAGUUCUCAUGCAGAUCUGUUGCCCCAAAUGCUGAACUCGCAUCUGUAACCAGCGGCGACCUACAUGCCCGUCUGGUUUCCCUGGUGACCAAGGGCGGUGAGAACAACCCUGUGCUGACCUGGCUGGGAGGCAUGAUCGAGAACCAGCAGGCAUCAUGGGUAGACGGAUCACAGUGGACUUACAGCGACUGGAUGCCGGGACACCCCAACAUUCACACUGACAAACCUGUCUGUCUGGAGAUGUUCAAAAUUGAUGAGAGCUGGUGGACAGCAGCUGAUUGUGAACUGGAGAGAGCGUCCAUCUGCUCGUACCCAAUCACUGCCUGAAGACCACAAAGAGACACAGCAUGAGAGAGCGGCCAUCUUGGUUUGUUCUCGCAGUCAACAUUGUUUUCAUUACUUUGGGAUGUCUUCCUUCAAUAAAACAUUUGAUAUGC